AUGGAGACACACAAUCUCACGGUGGUGACUGAAUUCAUCCUGAUGGGCAUCACGGAUCGUCCUGAACUUCAGGCUCCAUUGUUUGUGCUGUUCCUCAUCAUCUAUGUGGUCUCCGUGGUGGGCAACCUGGGUAUGGUCAUCCUCACCACGUUGGACUCCAGACUGCAAACUCCAAUGUACUUUUUCCUCAGACACCUGGCUUUCACUGAUCUUGGUUAUUCCACAACUGUGGGCCCAAAAAUGUUAGUGAAUUUCGUGGUGGAUCAAAACAUAAUUUCCUAUAAUUUUUGUGCCAUACAACUAGCUUUCUUCCUUGUGUUCAUCAUUAGUGAGCUUUUUAUUCUGUCAGCCAUGUCCUAUGACCGCUACGUGGCCAUCUGCAACCCACUGCUUUACACUGUCAUCAUGUCACAAAAAGUGUGUCAUAUACUGGUGGCAAUCCCCUAUCUCUACUGCACAUUUGUGUCUCUUCUUGUCACCAUAAAGAUUUUCACUUUAUCCUUCUGUGGCUACAAUGUCGUCAGUCAUUUCUACUGUGACAGCCUUCCCUUAUUAUCCUUGCUCUGCUCAGAUACACAUGAAAUUGAAUUGAUCAUUCUAAUCUUAGCAGCCUUUGAUUUGAUCUCGUCCCUACUGAUCGUCCUCGUGUCAUACCUGCUCAUCCUUACAUCGAUCCUCAGGAUGAAAUCCGCCGAGGGCCGACGCAAAGCUUUCUCCACCUGUGGAUCCCACAUGACGGUGGUCAUAGUCUUUUACGGGACGUUGAUAUUUAUGUAUGUGCAGCCCAAGUCCACUCAUUCAGUCGAUACUGACAAAGUGGCUUCCCUGUUUUAUACCUUAAUCAUCCCCAUGUUGAAUCCUUUGAUCUAUAGUCUGAGAAACAAAGAUGUGAAAAGUGCUUUAAAGAGGGUUUGGAAUCGCUUACACAGAUUCAUUGGGUUCUCAUAA